AUGGUGGUCAUCGGCUUCGAAGACAGAGACUCUGGCCAGCGACGCGUUGUGACGCGAGAUUUGGUUGGCGGUCUAGCCAUGAAAGAUAACGGACUAAUUAAGGAUGCCUCCGCAACCACCACCGAUAAACCCGGUAUACCGGUCGCCGUGCAAGCUGCUCCUCCUCCACCUGACCCUGCAGCUGCUGGUGCAACGAGCCCGGUAGACGCACCGCAUGCGUGGAGAUGGAGGGAUACGGACGGUACCAUCAGGAAAGCGAGGAUGCGGACGGGACUCUUCCGAUCGAACUCGGCGUCGUCCGCUUCGUCAGUCCAGAGGGAGAAUAACAAUUCCAACUCCAACACUUCUUCCGCCGCCACCACCGCUGCCAAUAACAGCAGCAGCAAUGGCGGCAGCAACUCCAAUGCGAAUUCUACAAACAAUUCCAGCGGCACCACCAACAACAGCAACAGCAAUGCCACCAACAACGGCGCCGGUCUCGUCCUGAAGAAGAAGUUCCCACCCGAUGGCGGUUUGGGACUGCGCGCUCUCGCACUGUGGAGCUACUGGCCACAGGAGGGCGUGCGGGAUGAGUUGAUGUUCCCAAAGGGCGCAGAGAUCAGGGAAGCGGAGGAUAUCAAUGGAGAUUGGUUUUGGGGGGUUUAUUGCGGGAAGAAGGGAUUGUUCCCUGGAAAUUACGUCAGGGCGACAUGA